GCACCCCCAGCUACUUAUGAAAGGCGUAUUUUGUUAUUGGAACAACUAAGAGUAAGAGUUGACUCCGUUGCUGUAAGCCAACGGCCAAGUCUUUGGGCAUGGCAGACGAGGAAGACCUUCUCUAUGAAGACGAUUAUCCAGACGGCGACUACGUCGAUGCUGAAGCAGACGUAGAUGCAGGCUUGACAGCGCAGCCGGCCGAGGACGCGACUGCGCCUCCCCUAGGAGCAGAGGAGCAAGAUGGCGGACCAGGGACUGAGGACGGUGGUGGAGGAGUUGCUGGCGAGGCCGGAGCUGGCAAGGGGGACGAGGCAGCGGCACGAACGGGGGGCAACGCUGGGCCCUCUGGGCGGUUGCCGAACAGUGGCGGGCCACAAGGCUUCAACGCACGAGCCCGGCCGGGCGCGGGCGAUGCCAUUCGCUACUUCAUCAUCCGCUCCAACAGCCUGCAGAACAUCUUUAUUUCGGUGCGCACAGGCGCCUGGGCCACCACGCGCACCAACGACCCCAAACUUGACGCAGCCUUUCGCAGCUCGCGCGAGGUGCGGCUCAUCUUCUCGGUGAUGGGCAGCAACGCCUUCCAGGGCUACGCCACCAUGCGCACCUCCGUGGGCGCCUUCCCCAAGCCCGUCAUCUGGGAGAACGGCCAGCAGUUCGGGCGGCCCUUCGGCGUGGAGUGGCGCGUGCUGUUCGAGCUGCCGCACGACGACUGCAACCACAUCCGCAACCGCCUAAACGACAACAAGGUCGUCUACAUGGCGCGCGACUGCACCGAGCUGCCGCAGGAGCAGGGCGACCUGCUGACGACCAUCAUGACACAACGAGCCGCAGCCGCCGGCGCCAAGGCGCCGCGGCAGCAGCUGGCGAUGCUGGAGGCCAGCGGCCGCGUCACGCCACCCGCCAUGGGGCCCGGCGGCGGAGGCGGAGGCGGACCCAUGGGCGGCGGCGGGGGCGGCGGGCCGAUGCGCAUGGCGGGGCCGCGCGGCGGGCCCAUGGGCAUGGGCGGGCCGCGGCCUCGUGGUCCGGGCAUGGGGCCGCCGGGCAUCCGGCCAGGCAUGGGCGGCCCCGGCAUGGACCCCAUGGCGAUGAUGGGCGGGCCGGGCGGGCCCAUGGGCGCGGCGGCGAUGAUGGGUGCGGGGGGUCCGGGGCUAGCCGGGCCGUCCGGCUUCAACAUGGAAGCGCUCGCGACAGCCAUGGCGCUCAACACCUUCAACCCCGCGGCGCUGGGCGCGAUGCUGCAGCAGGCGGGCGGGAUGGGGCCGCUGGGCGGCGUGGCGGCGGGCCCCUCGCCGGCCAUGCAGGCCAUCGCAAGCGCCAUGGUGGCGCACAUGACUAACCUGCCGCCCGAGCAGCAGGCCAUGGCUAUGGCCACCAUCGCCAGCAGUAACCCGCUGCUGGCGGAGGCGGUAGCGGCAGUCAUUGCCAGCGGUGGGCCGGCGGGUGGCAUGGGCGUGGGUGGGGGCGGGCCUGGCGGCAUGAUGGGCGGCGGUGGCGGGGGCACCGUGUUGGUGGGCGGCGGGCCCGGGCCGCGGCAGGGCAUGAUGAUGGACGGUGGUCCGAUGGGUGGCAUGCAGCAGCACGGCGGCGGGGGAAUGGGCCCCGACGGCGGGUCGAUGGGCGGUGGCAUGACCAUGAUGCAGCAGCGGCAACAGCAAAGGCAGCAGCAGCGGCAACAGCAGCAAUCGCUCCAGGAGCAGCAGGCGAUGCAGCAGUUGAUGAACAUCAACCGGGACGACGUGGUGCUGGAGGGCAGCGACGGCCGCCUGCGCAGCGGCAGGGCGCGGAGUCGGAGCCGCAGCCGCAGCCCGGUGGCGGCGCGGCGGGGUGGCGGCGGUGGCGCCCCGCCCGACUUCGCCAGCAUGUCAUACGACCAGUACCUGCAGCAGUACGGGAGAGUGAUGCAGGAGGUGCAGCAGCGGGUUGGGUCACGGGGUGGAGGAGGGGGCGGGGGCGGGGGAGCAGGUUGGAGCCAGCAGGGGCGGUCGACGGACCGUUCGCCGCAGCACGGGCGCGAGCCCACGCCAAGCUCGCAAGGUGUGGGCGCCCGCGGCGGGGUUGGCGAUGGCUCGAUGCCGAGCGGUGGCGGCGCCGGCGGGGCGGGUAUGUCGUCGAAGCCAGGCGGCCAGCCUUACACUGAGGAAGAGUAAGUCGGCGAGGACACUGACACAUGUGUGUAUGUGUGUGCACCGUGUGGGGCCCCCGCUCUUAUCAAAGACAUGUUGGUUGACGUUGGGCUGGGCAUGAACAUGUACAUAAGUGCUAAUGAACUUAACUUUACGUCUUGCUUUGUUGACCAUGUCCUGCUUUUGAUUAUGUGAUGUGUGUUGUGCGUGCCAGCGUUGUUCGUUGGGUAUGGUUGCAUUGACCUGCCUGCCAGCGUGAUCCAGGACGAUCCUUCGUGACCUCCCGCGCAUUAGUCGCAAGCGUUAGGCUUAAAGGAUACGCGUAAUUGCAUGCGCUUAUUGCUCAGCAACCUUGGGAAACUACUCGCUUCAGACAUCUGGUGAUGUAGACUAGGAGCAUGCGCACAACUACGCCACGGGUUGAUUAAUCUGGAACCUUGCGUCUUGCUUUGUCCUCACCGCCCCUAGCCGCAAACUGUGCGACAUUUCAUCAUUCUAUUAUGCAAACUGUCCUGUGUGCGACAUUCAUUGUGCUGCAUUCAGUGCUAAUGCGUUACUAUCAGAUGUCCACUAAUUGUUUGGUGCGCACGUGGUGUUGAGGGGAACAGACGUGACUGCCGGAAGGGACUACACGUAUUGGAAGUUGCAGGACGUAGAGGCGGAAUCCUAUGCAUUGGGUUGGCGGGUUGCUUAGGGGCUGGCAGGUUGCCGAGGGUAAGGUGUGCAGCAUGCGCUGGUGGAGGCGGGUGCACGGAUGGUGUUGGACGGAUGUGGUUACUGGUCCGGGGGCAUGGUGAUUUGAUGGAUUCUGUUAUGGAUGGCCCACGGGGUGGUGGAUAACAAUCUACGGGUUUGGUAUUUGCGUUGAAGAUGCUGUCGUCUGGGGCAGGUAAGUGCACAGGUAAGGGUGAUGCGUGCGAUCGACUGCCCGACGGCAACACGCUCCAUGGCGAUGGGUCCGCGCCAUCGGUGGGCCUGAACCAUUGGAAGGGCACGCUUGCCACCUGCUGUGCAACUGUAGGCGCUGACUGCCCCUGUCUGUGUGCUGGUGCUCGCAUGGCUCCCCGCUGGCCUGCACGUCCACUUACAGGUACAUCCGGGUGACGCAAGUGUGGUAUGCGUCGCGAGGCAAGGCGCCGCCUGCGGAGAACUUCAUCCGGCAGCACUACCGCCAGAUGCUGGCGCAACUCAAGGGGAGCUGACGGCAGGUGGAGCUGCACAACCAAGCAUGGGCUUCUGGGGCUGUGUUCUCAGGGAGGAAGACUGCAUGUAACGCUCUGACGUAUUGAUCACACAUGCUCAUUCAUGAUGUACGCAAAACAGUGACAGGUGAUCUGGGGGCUUAGCAGGUAGCAGCAGGCACGGGAGCGUGUGUUGUAGGUGCUAGUGGCGGUUCAGGUUUUAGACGAAUGUUUA